CUUCACCAGCACAAAAAAACUCAGACAUGGAUGACCCACUCACAAAAUGGCUCCACUUUCACACUGACAUCAACAACACGUCGGGAACGUGUGGUGUUUUCGACAGCUGAUUUAUGGAAAGGCAGGACAUAACUACAACGUGAUGAAAUUAUGGAAAAAAUUAAGCCGGAGCUUUGUCCUGGAAGUCCCGGUGCCAAAUCGUGCAGCCCACUGAAGCAGGAUUCCAUCAUCAGGGGGAAUGGAUGCAAAGACCCGGAGGACUCGAAAGAGGAGAACUUCCCAGGGGAGGGGGUUAAAACAGAUGACGCGCCUCUGCGGGACCCGCGCAACCGGACCAUCAUCCUCAACGGCGUUGCCAAGGAAACCGCUUACGACGCUCUUGACCUGAAAGGGGAAGUACCAGUAAUCGAGCUUUCGAGGAGAGACGAUAUAAAGGCGGGACAGCAGAGAACGGACAGUCUCACGGUACCGAUCACGGAGCUUCGCAGACCACCCGUGCCGUUGCCGCUGCCGCACCGAGACGCGCUGAACGACGCCCGAAUGGUUCAGCUGAGCCCAAACGCUUUCCCUCUCCCAGCGCGAGCAAUGCUCUACAACCUGGCGCAACCUCUCUCCGCAAUCAACAGCCUUGGAGGAGAGUCGGAACAAUACCUCAUGUACCCCAGCAACAGGGCAAAGCACCGCCCAGCGCCUUACGAGGUUGAGUUUGACGAGGCUGGCCAGCCAAAGAUCGUACGGCGGAUCUUCACCAACAGCCGGGAGCGCUGGCGGCAGCAGAACGUCAACGGAGCGUUCUCCGAGCUCCGGAAGCUCAUCCCCACCCACCCACCGGACAAGAAGCUGAGCAAGAAUGAGAUACUGCGUCUGGCCAUGAAGUAUAUCAGCUUCCUGUCCAACCUGCUGGAUGACCAGGACGGAGGUGGCACAGUGGCCGUGGGCGACGAGACAGGGCUACUGGUGGGGGGCCGUGAGGGUCGACCCCAGGGUCCCUGUCAGGACGUGGUGGGACUGGCCACGGAGGACGACCUGCUCCUCCAGGGCACGUUGUCGCCUGGGUCCAGCUGUGGGAGUCUGCCAGAUGGGGACGGCAGCCCCGAGAGCUUCACCGAGGACCGGGACUCACCCACAGGCCAGAGGACUGUGCCCGCCCCGCGCGGUAGGGAACUGCGACGCAACAUGCGUCCACAAGACAGCGGCAGUCAGCGAUGAUGGUGAUGAUAAUAUUGGUGGUGACAGUUAUAACGAUGAUAGUGACGGAGUUGAAGAUGAUGGAGUUGAUGAUGACGGAGUUGAUGGUGGACCACAGUAAAACACAUGGAUUGACUUUUUUCCCUGAAAGAGGGAUGGCUUAAAUAUGGAUGACAAGGGUCCUAGCAUCUCUGAGAUUCAUCAAAAGAGCAGUGCUUUAGGUUCUGGAAGCAUGCUGAUGACAGAAUUUCACUUCGUCAGGAUUCUAAUCAGCUCAUACUGAAUCCAAUGGCAGCUUGCUUGGUAUGGUCCUUAUUCGGUCAAUUGGUUGACAAAACGAAAGACUUGUAAAUUCUGCAUGCUUUUAAUGCUGUCUAUGACCUGGGUUGAGGAACACCUCAUAUUUCCUGAGUUGUGAAUGUUCAAAUACAGUGUGCUUCUGUUACAUUAUCAUGUCAUGAGAAGUAUACAUCCUAUGUCAUCAUCAUAGAAGUCACUCAUGCCAUGGUACCAUGAGGCGACGCAAUGGAGGUUUACACCAGGAAAUGGCAAUGGGAUGUUCUCACCUUGGGUUAGGAUCCAACUUCACCAGUUGUCAAUGAGGGCAUUCUAACUCUUCUGAGUAGUCAAGUUUACGACAACAACAUGACAACAGCAUAGCUGUUUCACUGAUAGCAAUGGCUUGAUGUCAAAUCCUCACAAUAAAAUACACACUUAAACAAGCAUUAAAGACAAUUAUUUGCUUGAAAAUGUGUUAUCUUAAGGUUUUAGCACUCACAACACAUUAUCAAACAUGCACAUAUAUCAUUACCUACCAAAAUAUUUUUACAGUGGUUCAUGUCAAGUGAUGUGAUUAGGCAGUUUGAUAUAUUUUACACUGGGUUUUCAGGCAUUUAAAAACAUUUUUUUAGAUUCUGCUCAGUGCUCCUGAUUACAUUCAUUCAACAGUGGACAAACAACAUGUUCGCUAGAAAAUGUAUGACAAACACAUAUAAUGAUAGAAAUGUGGUACCUUAUUUGUAUAUUUUUUGUCAAACAUUACUGAUUAGCAUUAAGUAAAACACCCCAGAGUAACAUGGCAACUGACUGUGAACCGUUUGCACACACACACACACACACACACACACACACACACACACACACACACACACACACACACACACACACACACACACACACACACACACACACACACACACACACACACACACAUAUCAAGUACAAUCUGAUUUCUGAGACACACUGCCAUAGCAUGUAGAUGAUGGACUUAUGUGCAGCAAGGUAACUAGCAACUACAGAUACCAGUGGAUAAUAAAUGACCAUUUCUCCUGUCAAGAGGUACAAAUAGUAUUUCCGUAACUGAGGUCCAAUGAAAUCGUAUGAUGACUCACCCAAUCAUUUUGUAUAUUAUACAUUUCUAUUUCAAUGUUUCUUUCAUUGUAAUGCAGUUGUGAUUUGGUAUGGUACACUUAGUAUAUCACCUUCUUAAUAUGCCCUCCUUUUCUCUGUUGGGAUUAGCAACAACAUCAGCAGUUUUAUGUCAGUAAACAGUGAGGCGUACAUCCCUGUUUGGUUAUUUGAUUGCUGCUUUUUCAGCAGACAUUUAGUAGCCUAUCUUGGUACCUUUGGUUACUAUUUUAUGAACUACAGUAAAGCAAAGGGACAUUGUUGUUUUUAGUAAAAAAGCAUGUUUGUUGUAUGAUAAAUAUAUCUAUGACUAUAUGCAAUGACUUUUAUAUCAAAUGCUGAAUAAAAUGAAGACACAAAAACUCAAAA